AGUGAAAUAAGAGAAAUAAGUGAAUUGUUAAAAUUAAUGUAAAACAUAUAGGAUAGCGAGAGUCUGUGUCACUUGGCAUAAAGUCAUUUGGCAUAACGGUCAUUUAGCAUAAUGGACGCUUGGCAUAAUAAAGAAGGGUACUAUACUAUACGUAUCUCAUCGCGUUCCAAAAUAUGUAUCAAUUGGUUUCAAAUUGGUUGAGUUAUAGCAGAAAAGUGCCCAAAAUAGGAGCCCUGCCGAGACGGUUCCACUUCCCUAGAACAAAGAGAUUCUGAUCGCAUUUACUCGAGCACUGUCCCAUUGUGGACCGUGCAUAGUGAGAGCGCUCACAGACAUCCCAACCGCCAGCCAACCAGCGAACCAGCCAAGAGAAACAAGCUCGAACUUCAACGGCGGGCGAUGAUGCACCAUACACCGUUUGUGCAGACCCCACGGACCUCUCGGUUCAGUUCCAGUAUGGUUGCCGACGCGUGCAGAAGCAAGCAAGCAAGCGACGUGAUAGAAUAAUUUGCUCUCUCGUGUGUUGCUUUCGAACGACGCAGACGACGGGACGGGUCCUCUUGUUUUUGUGCUGUGUUUUUGUGUUCUGUGUGGUACGUGGUGGGUGCCCCUCAAUCCCUUCGACGGACCUCUUUCGGUGCUAGUAAGAAGAACAAGACACUCUGUCUACCGGUCAUUGAUCAUGGUGAUGCUGUGAAGGUACAGGGAACGACGAGUCGAGUCGAGUGCGCGCGGUCUGGAAUAGCGGGAUUAACCAGAAGUUACUUAUUGACUACCGUCGUGGUCGAGCUCGCGAGUAUACGCUGGAGUUUAUGAGGACAAAUUAAGGGACUUUGGUGUCACGCUGAGAAGAAGGAUUAAUUAGUGAGGUUCGUCGCUUGAUGACCUCUCGCUCGUUGAUAUCACCCUGAACCGCCGCCUGUCUGUGCCUGCUUGAAACGAAAGCAGAAUAUAACUGCAGUUUGUGCCGCCUGAGAGUGCUCCGGAGAAAAUUCAGUUGGAAUUAAAUCGUUGCGCCGUUGUGAUGAAAUAUGAUCAUAUCGUGUUCUGAAUCAACAUCCGUUUCUUGAGAAAGAGAGAAGCGCUCAAUUAUGAUAAUGAUCAUGCUGAACUAGUUCAAUCAGAGCUUGCGGGUGGAAAAAGAAUCAACUCGGAAAUUGAAUUAAUUUUCUCGUUUUUUUUUGUUUGGUUUGAGAAUAUGUGCUGAGGGAUAGGAAAGAGAAGUGUUUUCACAUCGGCCAUUUAACCAAAACAACCGCAAUCAUAGAGCAAUCAUCGACGGAGUGAAUAAAAAGUAGUAUAAAUUAAACCAACGGCGCCGAUAUGGAUUCCAGUAGCUUGAUUCUGAACCGGUUGUGGUGGCCUCGGUCAAAGAUGCAUCUUCUGGCAGCAAUUAGUUCGGCGAUUUUGAUGCUGGCUUUGAUGCGUGUACCGGAAGUUUCUGGCGAGGAGUCUCCAGCACAAGAUUUCGAGGUACGAUAUCUAUCCGGCGAGCCUGACUACAAAUCAGUCAACCUCACCUGGGAGGUGGAACCGUCGCGGGCUAGCGGCGGCAACGGAGGCGAACGAGAUGAGCAACGCCGACAGCACAAAGCGGCCCGCGGAGGCCGCCGGCAGCAACGGUCGUUCAACGUGUACUACUGCGAGAUGCAGAACUGGGGACCCCACCGGUGCCGGUCCAAAACGUUGACGGACGAUUCCGAGGAUAGCGGGAGCACCAAACAGUACAGCAUGACGGUGAAGAACUUGAGGAUGGCCACCAAAUAUUCGUUCCACGUGAAGCCCCAGACGCGACCGGGUGAUCAGAAGGUUACCGGACGAUCGGAACAUGACGACGAUGAGUUUGAUGGAAACUCGAUCAAUCUCGGCCAGACGAUCAUCAUUCCAACGAAGGGAUUUUCCGCCCACGCUACCCAAUGUCUUCCGCACGCGUCGGAAAUCGAGGUGGAAACCGGACCGUACUUUGGCGGGCGCAUCAGCUCGGAAAAUGGCCACUGCAGCAUCCAGGGUGACGCCAACAGCGCGCAGGAAAGCUACACCAUGCGGAUCGAGCACGAGCAGUGCGGCAGCCACGUGAGCCCCGGUGACCUAACCGUCGAGACGUACAUCACCGUGCAGGAGAACCUGGGGAUUUUGACGCAUAGUACCCGGAGGUUCGUAGUGGUUUGUACCUUCCAGCCGGAUACGCUGACGGUCCGAGCGCGGUUGGCACUGCCUGGGAGGGGUCGUGGAGGGGCCGCUCCGGUUCCGAUGAGCGAUUACUGGCCAGCCACGGGUAGGAAUGCGAGGGUUAGGCAGUUCAACAUGGUGGACAAGAGCAGUCUGGUCCUGAAGGCUUCCGAUGAGGAAGAGGUCGAGGACAUACAACCAGCGCAGGUCAAGGAGGUUGAAGAGAAUGACGUGGUUAGGGAAAGUGCUCAGGAAGUUGGUACCGAGAGUAGUCAAGUGACUGAGAAGUCUGAGAAGGAACUGAGUUCCAAGGAAAACGAGAUUGCUGAAAGGAAGGACGGUAGUAGACGGCGCGCUGAUAAGGGCGAAACUUUCCGCGAUGCCAAAUAUGAGAGGUUGUUCAAGACGAAGUCAGCGGCGGCUGGGGAUAGCGGGGUGGGGGUGAGCGAUAUCUUAUCUUCCGAUGAUGACGAAGAAGGAUUUAGUGCGAGAGCUUCUGCAGGGGGCGAGGAGCGGUCCGUAGAUUUGCCGAGUUUGCUAAUUUCCGCCUGCCUGGCUGUGAUAAUGAUCGGUGCUUUCGUGUACGUGCUGCUGAAGGAGUACAAGAAGCAGAGGAUAAUCCAACAGCACCACCAGAUUCAAUCGCAACAGACGCAACGACCGCCGAAUCGGAUGGCGGCGUUUUGAGAAACCUGUCGAAAGGUGAUGAUGACACGAUAUUUUACGCAAUAGUGAUAGCAAUAAUCUGUAAUGAUAAGCGAGCAUUAGACAUAAUUUUAUUCAAAUGGUAACCGUGACUGGGAAAGUAAAUGGUAAGUUUUAAAUGUAAUAGCUGAAAUCGAUAGGCAUUUGUCUUUUGAUAGUACGAAGAAAUCUAUGCUCUUUUGUUUUAUUGAAAUGCCAGCCUACGGAGGCGUUUGAGCUGAUAAUUUCGUUUCCUAGUUAGUUUUAGGUGACUUUUGAAAUUAAUAGCCUCGCUUAGCCCAUUAGCUCCCGAAUUAUGCCACAAUCAGAAUAAAUGAGUGAAUAUCUGGAUUAUUUAAUUUCAAAACCUUAAAAGAAUUUAACUUAAAGUUGGUCAAUAAGUUGUUCCACUUUUAACGAAAACUGAGUAGAAAAAACAGAAAACUAAUCAAUUUCUGAGUAAGACCAACGCAACUUUAUGGUUGCGAGCGCGAUGCCUGGUAACUGGUAACGCGACGCCUAUCAAUGCAAAAUAUUUCAUACAUACAGGUAGAUUAUAUAACAUUCACCAGAAUUCCAUUCCCCAGAAAACCAUUUCCCAGAAAAGC